AUCGUUAAUAUUUAAUUAUUUAGUAAUACCUUUAUUGAUCUUAUAAACCAAAUAAUAUCUAAAUACUUAUUAAUCAUAUGAACAGAAGAGCAACAGGUAAUAGAAUCGAAGCGACGUUUUCUUAAUUUCAAACAGAGGAAACAUCUUCUCAGAUUCCUCAUGAUAAAUAACAUGUAUAUAUACACCAUACACCGUGCAUAAGAAGCGUAGCACUCGCGCAUUCCUCCGUCACGGUCUUAAUUUUCCUCCGAGAAGAUGAUGGAUAUACAGGGAUAAGUAGCAGGCAGGAGAGAUAAUAAUCAUUACGUCGUUUCCGUCAUAUCUUGCGAAGACGACCGAGUAAAAGGAAAAAGGAGGAAUAUGUUAGGUACUGGGAACACGCAGGAAAUACGGGACGAGAACAGACGACGCAGGACGACGUUAAAAACGUAGAGAGAUGAUGACACAGACGAAUCGGAAAGGUGCGUUCAAGCGGGAUGCGUACCCGCAUGGUUGAAAACGUAUUCAUUCAUCACGUUUAUGUGUUGUAGGUACAUAAUUCAAUGCGUGCAUGUAUAAUACGCAUAGUCGUUGGUCACGGGUGGCUGACAGCCCGGCGUGGCGGCCAGGGUUCCGGGCUAACUUCCGGACGAGUCCGCAUCGGAUCUACAGAAAAGAACUGGGUUUGCGUUCUUUCUUGACUUAAACCAAUUGUCAUGAAACUUGGAAUACUGCACAUUUCCGGCUGGUUCAGUGCGUAUACUCGCAAUCACUGAUCGGUGGUACAGUGCACCGAUCGGUGUCGGUGGGCGUACGUCGUGCGUGGCCACGCGGUAACGGCAACGGCAAAUGCAGUCACCACUUCCUGCCGCAAACGAUCGUCUCGGAGAACAUGCACAAUCAAAUAACACGUGCACCGUGUACAUACGAAUAUAAACGCGUGCACCAUACGCGUGAGCGUGCGUUGAUGCGGCUGGCGAGCGUGGGCAGGAGUGCAUCGUAAAUUGCACGGUCAUCCACCGUUACCAGAUUUCCCAAUUUUCCUCAGUUUCGUUUUACUCAGUCAAGUAACGGGAUUAUCCUUUGAAACCGUAUCAAUUGUAAUCAGCUAAGGGAUCCUGAUCAAAACCGCAAUAUCCUCCGUAAGGGAAGUUACAAUUGACGUUUCUUCGAUAAUUCCAUGCAUAGGAAUUGUAUUAUUUUAUUAUACAUACUCCAUCGAUUGCGGAUGUGCGAGUACACGUAUAAACGCAGUUGCAUGUGGCUGCGUAUACGUUCGAUCGUGGAUCACCGUGACGCGAUCGAGUCCUUCGGAGGAGGACCUCGCUCUCGCGCUCGCGUGAGGACGACAGAAGCUGCCGUUCCGAUGAUUCGAACGGCGAAGUUUUUAAGAAUGUGCCGAAGAACAGCAGCACGUUUCGCAUUUGGAAGAUCGAGGGUUUACGUGUCACGGCUGUCACCGGAAGUAAUAUGGGACGUUUCCUCUCAGAGUUGGCGUACAUCGUCUAUGCGGUGUCACCGAAAGACGGCCCUCUCCCUUACCCCGGGAUGCCGGUGAAGGAACUGAAGCCAAACGCAGUAGUUCGCGUGAUUCACUUUUGGAUCGGAUCCGCUUGCGACUCCACUAUUUCCGGAGCAGCGGCUCUCCGAGCGGCCGAGCUGGACUCCCAAGUAACCGCGACGAUUUUGUCGAGGGAAGCUCAAGGAAGAGAAAGUCCCAGAUUCCUGGCUUACUUCCGCCAGAAUUUGAUCAUCGAGAAUUUUCACUUAGAAACGCCGUCGUGCAAAUUACACAGAAUAACUGGAGUGACCGUUCCCAUCCAGACGGAACUCGAGAAAGUCGAUUGGGAUCAUUUUAGUUCACGGGACGUUAUCCUCGUGGAUGUUCUUUUCGAGGGUGUCGUUUUCCUCUGGCUGGGAUCCACGGCGGAUCCUCUGCACAAGCGGCACGCGGUCAGCGUUUUAGAAGCGAGAAACGAUCGUAUCGUGAUCGUCGAGGAUGGUUACGAGCAAACGUUACCGGAAGGGGACCGGCAACUGUUCGCCAGUAUUCUAGAUCCUCUGACAAGGAUGGUUAAACCCGACCGGCCUUACCGAAUCAUUAUACCGAGCCCGGUGAAACUGUACAAAUGCAGCGAGCAAUACGGCAAGUACAAGGUGGCGGAAUUAAAAUCCGGGCCGAUUCUACGAUCGGAUCUCACGUCCGAGUCCGUUUAUUUGAUCGAUCGCGGUGAAGCGGGUGUCUGGGCCUGGGUCGGGCGACACGUGAACGCUCGAGAAAAUUUAGAAGCGAUUCGCAAUGCUCGCGGAUUCGUAAAGAAGAAGAACUACAGCAACAGCGUACCGGUGGAAAGAGCUAUCGAAUCUCACGAACCGAUCGAGAUGAAAACGCUCGUAAGAGGGUGGGAAGCGAACAAUAAGCUCAGACCAUUCACGCUACCACCGACCUUCGAACCUGAUUACAUGAAUGAAAGACCAAAGAUGGCUGCGGAGUGUCAAUUAGUAGACGAUGGAUCCGGGGAGAAAACACUUUGGCAGGUGACUCAUAAAGAAGGGAUGAUACAGCUGCAAGAUAAAGGAAUAUACUACGCGGAGGCCUGUUACGUGAUGUGUUACAAAUAUGGGCAAGGACGUAGAGCUAGAACAAUUAUUUAUUGUUGGGAAGGAGUUCAUUCUUUGAACGCGGAUCGAGAAGCUUCCUUAGACGCGGCUUGUCAGUUAGCAAAGGACAGUUCGGGUCAGUUAGUAAAGGCGUACCAGGGUAGAGAACCGCCCCAUCUGUUGCAAAUAUACGAUGGAAAAUUGAAAAUAUUAGCUGGAAGGCAUCGCGAUUCUCCUCCCGAGAAGUAUCUCGUCAGGGUUUUUGGAUCUACUCCAUAUACAUCGAAAGCAGUUGAACGACCUUUGAGAGCUAGUAGUCUGGAUUCGAGCGGAGUCUUCAUUCUGUUCGCUACUCUACCCGUCGUCUGGUGCGGUAGCAAAAGUACCGGGGACGUUAGACAAGCCUCUAGACGUCUUGCGCCCAGAAACGCGAGUCUGAUAAUUGAAAACAACGAAGACGAUGACUUUUGGACAGAACUUGGAGGUAAAGGCGCUUAUGGUACGGAAACUGUUGACAACGAUGGAGAAGAACUCGAGAAGCAUUUGUACCAAUGUUCGACCGAUGGCGAAGCGUUCGUUGGCGAACAAGUUCUAGGAUACGGUCAAAGUAGUCUCUUACCAGAAGGUGUUUGGUUGUUGGACGCUGGGAACGUGAUAUGGAUAUGGAUCGGAAAGUUUUCCAUGCCCAAAUCAUUGAAAGAAUGUGUGCACGACGCAAUGAUAUUUUUGUACACGCAUCCGGCUGGCCGAGAUCGAAAUACAACGAUUUCAGUAAUUAAUCAAGGUAUGGAACCUUCGACCUUUAUCGGACUCUUCGAUAACUGGAAUUACAACUUGCUAAGAGAACACAAGCCGUUUGAGACCUUCUGCAAUCUAUUGCAAGACAAGCAAUCGCUACCAUUGUCCAAGAUACAGACGAUAUCGAAAUCGUCGAGCGAAUUCGAUACGUAUGUAAAAUAUCCCCUUUCUAUUCUGAAAGGUGAUCCGGAAAACAUGCCGCCUGGCGUUGACGUCGUUCGCAAAGAGAUGCACUUAACAUUCGAUAAUUUCAUUGCAAUCUUUAAGAUGGAACCAGACGAAUUCGUGAAGUUGCCUGGUUGGAAAAGACAGAGACUAAAACAGUCCGCCGGUCUUUUUUAAACUUUUUUUGACCAUAGUUUUGUACCAUAAUUUUGUAUCAUCAUUACGGUAUAGCAAAAUCAGAAAGUAAAAAAAAAAUAAAGGCGUACUAUUUAUACUUUACUAUUUAGAAUUAAGUUUGUCAUUGGCAGAAAAAAAGAAGAAAACUUUGUAAAUCAAAUUAUUAUUACGGAUAAGGUUCUAUACUUAAUACGAACUCACAUGUAUAUAUCCAAAAUCCAAUUAAAAGCAUUUUACGACGAAGUA